CAGUCGUCUUUCUCCCCUCGAGAGACGGAGAAAAAAACAUGAUAGGGACAGACGACAGACGACAGAGAGACCAGUUACACCGAAUCUGCGGAAGAGUCACCGAUCCGGUCGCUUGUUUCGAGUAUUAAUUUGACUAGCAGUCUACAUUUGCAUGCGCGAUUGGUGGCCCAAAUUGAUACUACAUUCCUGCAAAAUAUUUCCACCUCUUCGCCAUCCGCCGCCCCUGCAUCACCAGUUUUCGAACGGCAUGCGAUCAUGGGUGACCAGCAGAAUAUUUCCCAGAUUCUGGCAGCCUUAGCUGCCCACCAGUCUACGAGCGCCGCUGGAAAUACAUCCUCUCCUCAACCAGGGCAAAUGCCCUUAAACACAUACCCAGGAAGCUACCACCACUCAGCGACAUCAGCAAACGUAGCCAAUUACUCUUUACCACCCCCUGAUAAUACCGGGAGUUUAGAUAUCAGCGGCGCCAAACCUGUUAACACCGGCUCAGUUAGCAUCGCAGACGCAAUUGCCAAAGCGCGAGGGAUUGCUGCCGAGAAAGGCAUUGUACACGACCCAAACAGAGAUUCACGACGCGACCCACGAUCCUAUCAUCGUUCGCAAUCUCCACAAAGAAGCCCUCCGCGAAUUACGCGUGAUACGUUCCGUGAUAAUUACAAUCCGUAUCGCGAUGAGCGUCGCGCUGAUAGGCGCGCUAGUACGAGUGAGCGUGGUUAUACACGGGAGCGUUCGUUCUCGCCCCGCCCAGGCGGGCGGGGACAGGAAUCGUACUCCCCACAACCAUCGUCGAGACAAUAUUGGGGAGCAAAUGACCGGGCUCCUCCACAAGGUCGCAGACCGGGCAGUAUGGACGAAAAUAUCGAAACCAUUAGCGUUGAGUCUAGCUUGGUUGGCCUAAUCAUCGGGCGCCAGGGCGAGAGUUUGCGGAGAAUCGAAUCGGAAACUGGAACGAGGAUACAGUUUUUGGAUAAUGCUGACCCCAGCAGUACAGUCAGGCCUUGCAAAAUCACAGGAAGCAGGGCCGCCAGAGGUGAUGCGAAAGCGGAAAUCACGCGCAUUAUCAGUGAGAGUAGUGCGUCGCGAUCCGGUGCUAGGGCAGACCGCCCAGGCCACAUGCCACCUAAAGCUGCGAGUCAGCCUUCCCAGGACGACGAGGAUGCCGUACGGAUCAUGGUUCCUGACCGGACGGUUGGGCUUAUUAUCGGCCGAGGAGGCGAGACUAUUAGAGACCUCCAAGAGCGAAGCGGGUGCCAUGUGAAUAUCGUAAAUGAGAAUAAAAGCAUUAACGGGCUUCGCCCGGUCAAUUUGAUAGGGUCUCCUGAGGCUACGGAGCGAGCAAAGAAUAUGAUUCUCGAAAUCGUCGAGAGUGAUACUCGACAGCUUGCGAACCCGACACAGCGCGAAACACGUCCACCAUUUGGUGGAGAUCCAUCUGGAGGUGGGCCCGGCGGGGAGAAGAUCAACGAUAUGAUGUUUAUUCCGCCAGAUGCAGUUGGAAUGAUUAUUGGAAAAGGCGGAGAUACAAUUAAAGAAAUGCAGGCCAUUUCUGGUUGCAGAAUCAAUAUUCAGUCCCCGGUAGGCCGUGAUGCUGAUCGGGAAGUGACUUUGGUUGGGAGCCGGGGCGCCAUCGAAGAGGCAAAGAGAAUGAUCAUGGAGAAAAUCGACAGUGCAGAAUACAAAUCUCGUUCUCAACAACCUCAACGGCGAGAUGACUCGUAUGGCGACCGAUAUGCCAGACCACAGCAGCGCCAGACGCAGCCGCAUUACCAGGACUUCCAGGAUCAGAACAGACAAGCCACACAACCUCCCGCUCAGCAACCCCCCUCUCAAUCUAGCGGAGGGGAGGACCCUUAUGCUCAGUGGGGAGGUUAUCAAAACUAUGUUGCUUGGUGGUACGCUGCCAUGCAACAACAGGCACAGCAACAAGGCACGCAAGCUCCACCUGGUCAGUCUGAGCCGCCUGGCCCUCCUGGGGUCUCAUAGGCUCAUUGCCAGGCAAGGUUCCUCGUUCUAUAAGUGGGUAAAAUGUGCCUAAGCACUUUUACCUCCGUUGCGAUACCCCCUACCCCCCAUUAACAUCUGAUUCCCGGCAUCCGCAAAAUCGUGGAGCACGCGUGAAGCAUGCUGUCGUCGAUCUAAAUUUCCGCAAAUGUCCCUUCAUAUUCCUUUACGUCAAUUUGUUCACUUCCAGUUUUACUGUAUUCCUUUCGUCUUAUCACGUUUUCUUUCCUAUUUGGGCCAAAAACAAAAAUGAGGAUUUUCAACGGAUAGCUCAACUUGGCGGAUAUGGGUUUUAAUAUAGUAACUUAUUUUUUAUGACUGCUGGAGUUAAUUCUAUCCUUGUACUUUUCCCACAUCUUCCCCCAUUUUCUGCUUUUCUUUUGUAUUUCAACUGUGCUGUGUACAUGUAGCUACUAUAUACUGUUGAUGGAAGAAUGAUAUCAAUUAUAUACAUAGCCAA